UAUUUUCUUAUUUAGCGCUCACCGAGAGAGAGGUUUAGGUUGUGCGCUCUGUUCGCGUUGUCUUCUGAGCUGGUCGACCGUACGGAAAAGAAAAGUGAAGAAACCUAGCGAGUCGCGGCGUAAGUGCAGGUUCCGAUCAUCGACGCCGCUGCCACGCGACCGUGCCAUGCCUGCGCUAGUCGAGCGUCCGAAGAUGAGCAUUGCCAUGUGGGCCGCGCUCAAGAACCACAUCAUGCGACAGCGCGAAAAGAAAAAGCAGGAACAGGAGGCGGACGCCGCCACGGAGCGCGUGAGACGCGAACGCGAGCUGAAGCGUCGCCAGGACGCGAUGACGCUCGAAGAGAUCCGCGAUCAGGUGCAGCAGUCUGAGAAGAAGCUGGUCACGCUGAAGGAGGAGAAACACCAGCUCUUCAUGCAGCUCAAGAAGGUACUGCACGAAGACGACACCCGGAAACGGGCCCUCGUCAAGGAGGCCAACGAGAUGGCAGCGCUCAACCACUCGUACCUCCAGCAGCAACACAACGCCGCGAUGCACCAACACGCCGCGGCGGCUGCGGCCGCAGCCGCCGCCGCGAUUCCGCAGCACCUCUACUUACAGGACAUCAACCGCGCUCAUUCCAUGUACAAGCUGGCACAACCGAUCCCGCAAAACCCGAGCGUCCUACAUCGGGCGCCGCUCAAGAGGCCGCUGACGCCGUCGCCUCCUCCGUCGUCGCAAGCCGCGACUUCAUCGACCUCUUCGUCCCAGCAGUCGACGCCGCCUCAGUCGGGCUUCUCCCCGCAGCAGCCGUACGCUUACAAGGCACAGAUUCCCGGAUCGGCGUAUGGGGCACCCAAGUUGAUUCCGGCGUACGCGCCGGGCCACGGUCCCAUCUACUACGCGCACGUCCCAGGCCAGGGUUCAGUGCCAACGGCCAUGGCGCCCGCUGCACCAGUGCCCUAUCCGGCGUACCCGACGCCUCAGUUCCCUCACCAUCACGCCGAAUCGGCGGCUGCGGCCGCAGCCGCCGCAGCCGCCGUUGCCAAGCAACAGCAGAUGGUUGCCACCCACAACUUCCACCUCGCUCAACAGCAGCAGCAGGCUGCCGCCGCAGCGCAACAGCAGCAGCAACAGCAGGCCGCCGCCGCAGCGCAACAGCAGCAGCAUCAGCAAGCAGCCGCUGCUGCGGCGGCGGCUGCGGCCGCCGCCGGGUAUCCCGGGGCACCCGUGGUACCCCAGUCCCUGGAGCCGCCGCAUGGCUUGCAGAAGCCUCGCUUCCACGACGAGAAGUUCUACGUCUCCCAGCCAUCUAUGGUCCCCAUGCGGACACUGGCCUCACCGGCAGCUCAAUCGGCUGCCCUGGCAUUGGCCAGUCCGCAGCCGAAGCCUUCGUCGUACCUGACAGCUGCGCAGCAGCACCAGAUGGCAGCUGCCGCUGCGGCUGCACAGAGGCACCCGGGGUAUCCGGGUCAACCGACGCGGUUCUACUGAGGUUGAUGAAAGUAGUGGUUGGUCUGUGAAGGUAGCUGUUGCGACUGGCUAACGCACAGAAAGUCUUCGGAUGCUGAUCUGGUGCACACGAAGUGUAAUGACCGCAAGCAUUGAGGCAUGUUCGGCCAGGUAGUUUGUACACUACUGCAAAAGAGAACACCAUGUUGCUGCCACAGUUGCGCCCAGUAUGAGGCAUUGUUAUGCAACAUUUGUUCAGGUUUGCGGCGCAACCUCAAUUCACAGCUAUGAGUUGGAGGAACCAGCAGGCACCCGGAAGUGUAGGGAAAUAGUUUUUCUUGUGGGAAGUCUGCGCAGAGGUUAUGCAUUAGCACAAGAACAGCCAGCACAGCGUUAGUUAAGACACAGCCAAGGACUGCGUUGCCAGUUUUCUUGUCCUGCAAGGGCUGGGAGCAAGCAUCGAAAGUUUAACUUAACGAGAUUCCACCUAAUUGGUCUUGCACAUGUAUAAGUAAUUCACAGUGCAUCAUUGGUGAGAGAAAAAAGACUAGACGCUUUCUCGCUUUCGUCCCUUAUUCACAGUGCACAAUGAAUCUCUUAUGUUGCAAGCUCGGCAACUAGCUGCAGCAGUUAGCAAAAAUUUAAGCAAAACCUGUUUGAACAGACAUUUUGACAGCAUGCACAAGACCUAGAUCAGGACAAAUAAUUUUCUGCACAUACUUUACAGCCCUCGAGAGUUUUUGGCCUAAUUGCUCUUGGUGACCGAACUCAGCUAUUCCUCUGUAUAACUUGGCUUUUCAGUCCUGCUUAAUCGACACAUUGGUGUUAAUCCUCGGUUAUUAAUGGCCACUCAUGACAAGGGCAAUGUGUUUUCACGCAGUUCAGCUUUUUUUUAAUCUUGAAGGUUGUUGUAUGCAGCUAUGCCGCCAUACUUAACCUUCGUAUGUGCUGUAAAGCUUGGUGAGCAUGUGCAUAGUGCAGUAUAUUUUUGCAGAUGGUCUCUGCAGAAUUACGGAGCUGUUAGUAGCUGAAAGGUCCAGGCACGUAAAAAGAAAAGCUUACCUUUCUGCCCCUUGAGUUACACUUCGCUGAUUCUUAGCUUAGCUGGCUGUUAUGAGGUUGUCGAAUUGCACGAGAAAGUAAAAAGGCUUGAUUCUUGCGAGCGUGCAGAAGAGACUGUGAUCGUUUGCCGUCGUGCUCGGUUGUGAGGUAGAGGCUUGCCUCGGAGGAAAGUGCCCCGAAGUGUUCCCACGCUUGCGCUGCAUUGUAGUGCCCUGUUGGGUCAGUUGUGUACAGUCGUGGGCUAAUAUAACUGGGCGGUCGCUUCCGAAUCUCAAAUAUGCGUUUCUUUUUUCUUGGAGGCACACGAGCUUGCGAAGCAAGGAUGGUGCCGUUGUUAUGGAACACCAUUGGUGGCGGUUCGUGCAGCAGUUGAUGCGCAAUUCAAGGAACUCGCUGCAAAUCUUCCGGCACCUUCGACAAACCGCACCGAAGCACCCCAGGUGGGAUGAUUGGACGAAGCGGCGUGCCAGUUCACCUAGGUGCAGUUUGUCGAGGGUGCCGCUACCUUACUGUGAUGCGUUGCCCGUUCAGAGCGCGGCAUCAUUUUAUGCUCGAAAGUGCUUCGUAAUCGAGGUAACAAACUUUCCCUAUCCCGCACCUCGCUACGCUUGAACAAUGUGAGUUCAUCGGAAACAAUUUUUUUUUAUUAAGCUGGCUGCCCCCACAGUAUAACUGUAGUUUUCAGCCACAGUAACGUGUGUAUCGGGCCACUUGAUUGGCGUUUGCGUCCACACUUUCCUAAUUAGGCAUUUCUCGUAAGGUUCGCUGACGAAUUGAACAAAAUUACGUUUUGCUUUGUUGUGUCGUGGCAAAGUAGCCUUGACAGUGGCACCUCUGUUGCACUUUAAGCAAUGUUUUACUGCUGAUUUCAAGUUUGAAACAACUGCAUGGCAUCUUUCGUUGUUGUAAGGCUGUUGUUAGUUAUUGCGAUGUACUUCUAUACGUUGCUCUUUCCCUCCCCUUAUUUUUAUGUUUGUAUUGAUGGUAAGUCUUGCACAAGUCUGUGCACUGUAUGAACACAGGUUCCAAGAGUAUUAAUGGAUCUUUUAAACAUUUCACAGACAGGAUUCUGCAGUGUGCUAAUAAUAUUUCAUUACAUGCUGUUUUUCUGUGUACCACUAGGAUAUAGGAUCAGCGCUAGAACGCUGUUUUACUCUUUUGGCUCUUGCUUUAUUCAAGAAGUCAUUGGAUUGUAUUUGUAAUGGUCUUUUGUUUUAAUCCUGCGUAUGUUAUGUACAGAGUUUCAUCUAGUGUAACAGAGUUAAAGGUGUUUUAACAAGCUCUUCUGUGACGUAAUCUUCUGUAUUAAAAUGUGUCUCAGUUCGCAGGCAAUUUUGUUUGUCUUCUCUAGGGCUGACGCUAUCUUUCACAACAAUCCACGAGCAAAAGUUUUUAGUACCGCACUGAACAAGCACCCUUAAUACUAUCCUAUUGAAUUAAUAGUUUUUCCUUUUAUCAUUCGUUCCUUGUGCAAAAACAGCACCUCAAGCCCCCCCUUCCCAACCUUUUUUAGUGUGUGUUUUCAAGUUCUCGCUCAAUGAACGCGCAUUUUGAUUUGUUACUGUCAUCUGUUUUACGUAUUCCCUCACAAAACUCUGCCAUUGGCCAGUUGGUUCACGGUCUCUGCUUCAAGGCUUAAAAAUUCUAAAAGUUUGACAUUUAGUGAGCGGCAUCACAACUUGGCAGAACCCUCGUUUGUGUCUCCUGCGCGGUGGACUUUUCUCCAUGCUGUUGGAAUUGCACGGAUGUUACUGGGCUUUGAGGUGCUUCCCACUCGUUUUGCAUCUGAGACAAUCUGCUUUUUAGCUUGUAUCUACAGAGGGAAGGUAGAAAACAAAACAAAAAAGAGGCCCUAAUGUCGUGUUCUUGGAGCCGGAAGUGUGGCCAUCUUGUUUUGUCAUUUCACUUUUGCAUCUGCAGUGAGUUGACCGGAAUAGAUGGGCACAAAACCUGAGCUUGCGCUGUGACGCUUCACUGACAGUGCGAGUUGCUGAGGUGUACAGAAUAAAACUUCUGUGACAAUUUCAACGAAGCAGGCACGCCCUGUUGUACAGCUGUUGAGGUGGACGACAAAGAUUCCCAGUUUGGCCGCCAUUAUCGUCAAAAAACUACACGGCCAUAACCCUACACAUUAAACAAUGAUGGGACAGCAACUGAGUGAAAAUAUGGGUUGCCCUCCCCCCUAAAUGAUUGGGGGGGGGGGGAGGGGCAGCUGCCCCCCCACACACUGUCCACACACCUCUGGGCACGGAUUACUGUGUUUGCUGUGUUGCAAUGAAAACUUCUUUCAGGUAGCGAGAAUUGGUUCUCAUCCAGUCAUGCUUAGCGCCAGUUUCCUGUGUUUCUCUGCUACCGAAAGUUGACAUGUCACAGGAAAGCUUUUGAAACUGUGAGCUCAAUAGGCUGUAAGUACACCACAACGAGGUUCGUAUGUUUUGACCGGCAGAACUGUGACGUCUUGUUGAGGUGCGAGCGAGGGUAGUGCUACAAGCCGUAACUGCAAAACUGGUGCUAACCUGUUGUAGCUGUAGUCUCGCAUUGAAAUUAAGUUUAUCCAAAAAUGUUAGUUACAAAAGUGUUAAUGUCCAUGUUGCCAGCCACAAAGAAAAAUAAAAGUGAUCAAAAUUGCAGUGAGAAGUUCUAUCAUUUCGUCGAGUUUGAGUGCUUAACGUGGUUCAAGCAGUGUGACAUGAUUGCUGCAGUCAUAGCAUGAACGUGAACCACAUGCAUCCUAAGCUACAUCACGUAAUUGAUGAAGCAACAUGGCCUUUUUUGUUGCUGCGAACGUCUUUUGGGGACAUUUCGUAAUCAAUGAUAGAUCAAAAUUCAUUUAAAAAUUCUCAAAAUGCAUAUACCUUUCGCACCUGUCUAGUGACAUUAGAAAAUUGGAGAUGCAAUCAACGUCGGCAGUCAGUGAGCUUUGCCAUGCAUGCCGCCGCAUAAAAAUGAAAGCUACCUCGAAAUUUCACUUAAACUAUCUUCCGAGCCUAUGGCAUUGCAAUUCGAUAAUGUUUCAAGCUCACACAUUUUCAGUGAGAUUGGUAUAAGUAAAUGAUCUGGAAGGCGUUUGAAACAUCCUAAAAUCUGAUUUCCACGUAGAAGUUUGUUUGCAACGUGACAUAACACCCCAGUCAGAGUGCUGAAUUCUUUCAAACUUCUCGAAAGUGAGAUUUCUCACAUGCCACAUUGAUCACAUUUCAUUUUUUGUCUGGUUGACUGUGUGUUGGUGACUGUAUGUAGUAUGUGAGCACCUAAAUUUGCUUGUUUCACUUGCCAUGUGUCCUUGAUGAAAAAGUUGCAUCAUUGAUGUUUGUGAUUUGUCGUUAACGUUUGUUGGACACCACACUUGGUGGAGGAUUUGUAACCACAUCUGUGGGCGUAGUGAUCAGUGUUCAGCAUCUCUUCUCUUCAGUAAGGCAAGAUCCUUUGUGCUGGAGCUCUUUUUGGGAGGUAUCCUCAUAUUGAGAGCUGACGUACGACCUCAAAAAAAAACGAAGAAGCUUAGUUUUUAUGCUCUUGGCCAACCGUGCAAGCACGGUGACAGUGUCAGCAGUAGAAGGCUCAUCCGCGCACCCAAUGCCCUGUGCCAUUUGUGUCACUCCCUGCACUGGGACGUGUAUGCAUUCGGGGGUUUCCUCAGAGGCACUCACUGCAGCCGUUCACUUUUCUUCCACACGUUUCUGGCAAGAGGACCUUCACAUCAGCGUAGCGUGCCUAUGCUGGAGGUAUUCACAUGGGGGACUUCUCCUGGGGAUAUUGGGCGGAGCCAUCCGCGACAUCAUUUUUGGGAUCCUCCUCUCUUCCUCUGCAAGCACCAAGGCCGCUGAGCAGUUGUGCGGCUAAUGUUGCCAGACAAUUUAUCUUGUCGAUACGCUGGCUCCAACGAUAUUCCCUGUUCGUCGACUUCUUAUCACUAGAAGACCUCUUGUUCGUACGUCUAGAGCACAUCUAAAAGACGUCUUAGCCUUGUGCUCAAGUUCAGCCGCAGCCUUCUGUCGUUCAACGUAAUCUCUUCGGGGCUAAAUGGGCUUUGUGGGAAGGGGGGGGUGCCAUCUUACUCGAACAAGAAGUGAAUGCACCAACAGUGCCAAACUUCGGUGCUAGAUAUGCACCACUUGUUUGAGCCUUCACUUGCCGCGCAUUUACCUGCAGUGUGUGCCAGAGAUCUUUGCACUUUUGGUCUCUGUUCUGCGGAAGACGAGGAUAGGUGUCAUGUGAGAGGGGUAGAGAGCUGUGUAAUAUAAAUGGAAACGGGCAAGCCGCAUACUGGCUCUUUGGGCUGGAUGAGCCUCGUACUGCUUUUACAGUGUAACAGUUGAUGCAUUCUGUUAUGUCGUAAGGCCUACUGAAGUCCUUACAACUGUAUCCGUGUGUACCAGUAUAGUGAAUGCUGUUGUCAAACCUACUACACUACAGUGCUUUUGUGUCUGAUGUGUACAGUACCACAGCUGGUCCAGAGGAGUUUUAUCUUUGCCUGUUGUGUUGCGCCUCUUUUUGCACUUUUGUGAUGCCCGGUGAGCGUUGCAGUUUCUCUGCAUGCAUACGUGUGUAAUCAUGUUUUUUGAAACCUUGCCGAAGGUCUCGCUGCCGUAAUAGGAGCUCCAAUCGUUAAGGGGAUUAACCCCACAGUGCUUCAGUGUCGCAAAGUUCGGGAUGCGACAGUGAUAAGAUCGGGAUGUUUUACAUUCGCGUAUGUGAUGGCGUGUCUAUUUUCUGGUGUGUUGUAUCUUCCUAUUUCUACUCCCGUGAGUGUGUUCGCAGUUGAACUGGCAGAAUGAGCUUUGUCAACUAUUUAUCAAAAGGUGUACAGAGCAGCUUGUUCUUAAGCGCGGAUACGAACGCUUUGUUUACGCUCGCUUAAUUUCAGGUGUCAUGACUAGCUAAGUGAGACAUGCCCAGCACAGGUGGCAUACGCUACAUAACAUUUGCUGCUGCUAGUCACCCUACAAAAGACGAUCUGUAUGUAAGCACACAUCUUGCAGAAGACGUAAAUGGCGAGUGUGUUCUCUGCAGGUAGUUUAAUAGGAAGUUGUGCUGACGGUGAUGAAUUGUCAUCGUCGUCAUCAUCAAAGCUAUAAAAUGUAAGGUUUCAAAUCUCACGUACAUGCCUUAACCCCUUCGGUGUUUCUUUCUUGAGAGCAGUUCCAAUGCCUUCUUUCCAUUCCCCAAUUCUUCAGCUUUUAAAAAAAUUUUAGGCAUAGCAGGCUGCAGAACGUCAAACAUUAUAUAGUAGCAUGAGCACAUUUCAAUGAAUAAAUACUGCGGUUGUCAUCUAUUUUUCCUCCUCCUCUUUGCUUUUGUUUUUGGGCCAGCUUUCAUCACGUUGUUACAAUGUGUUUCUCUAAGGGAAAGUUGUUACUGGAACUGCUGUGGCACUUAAACGCCGCAUCAUUCCACUUUGUGUGCCAGAAAUAAGUCACAAUAACAUGUCAUGUAAUGGUGCUCUGUGGUGACACCAAUGCCUUCCCUAAAACCUGUUUCCUGUUUAUUUUUUUCUGGCAUAGUGUGGUGCUUUUAUGUGUGCGAUCCUUAAAACAGAAACGAGGAAGCGUUAUGCAUCUGAAACUUUCGAAAUUUGGUAUAGUGUAUUUGCUGCAUUCAAGCUUCACUCGCCGGUGUUAUGGUAUUUGCUGUUUUCCUGCUCUGCUUGGAGUGUAUAACAACCUUGAGGUGAUUGCUGAGGAGAUUGCUUUCGUAGGUUUCAUUGCAGAAAAUUUUGAGGAAAUUUUUUCAGUUGAGCUAAGCUCAACCUUAUUUUAUGUAGAGCAUGAAGGCAUAUGCAUGGGCUCCAUCUUCUUAGUCCUGCUUGUUUCAUUGAGUCAUUCAUUUUUGACUCGCUGUCUCCAAAUUUCGAGGACUAAAUUUGUAACUGAAAAGAAAAAAAAGAACGGCUUUUUACUGUAGUUGGCUCAUCAAUCCAACUAGUGUCUCGUUUUGAAGCAGUGGGGACCUUUUGAAACCAUUGGUUGAAUCGGCUUGUUACAGAUGAGCUGUAGUACUCAUUUAAAACAGUUGCCAGUAAAACUGCAUGAAUGAGUUUUUAAGCGUGUCCGAAACACAGAAGGGGUUCAAGGCUACGUUUUGUUUUCGCCAUAUUGCGUAUAGGUUUUUUCUGCACACUCGCCGCCUUUUCCCAGAACGAGCAAAUUGCGGCACUGGCAACUUUUCUUGUAUGCGAAUGCACGCGCGCUUUGUUAGAAGUCCGAGAACAGCGCUUCACAAGUGUGCUGUGUAAAUGCCAUUUGCAACUGCGCCAUGCGCAAGCCGUUGUAGAGCGUGUGACUCACGUUGGGAGCCAGCCAUCUGCUUCCUCUGUUGUAACAAAAAAAAGCAAAUGCUAGUGUCGUUUGUCACUGUCUGCUGUCACUUCUUAAAACGCGGCCCCUCGUUUUCUUUUCUACGCUCCGCUUGCCUUUAACGUAUGCGAGGUGACGUUGCAUCUUCGACGCGACUUUGCUGCCUGUGAUUUACGUGCGUGUAUGUGUUUCUAGAUUUGGUCUGGCAUUGACUGUCGUACAAACGCUGUUGACCGGUAACAACCUAUUGCCUUUGCUUUGAAAAUGACUUGCGACACAUUGAUGUAGAAUUCCUUGUUGCAAACAUUGAUAUACGCUACUGUUAUCCUUCGCAUCCUGCUGCUGUUUCUUCCGUUUUCUUCCCCUUUUUAUAAGUUCUGUUAAAGCGUUUCGAGAAGUUCAUUGCUAGGUGAUACUCGCGGCACUGUUGUGGAGUUAUCGUAAUACUUACCUUUCGCAUUUGCCGGGCUAGCCUUACGUAGCGUUACGGGAAAGUCUUCUUGUCUUGAGAGUUGUUGACAUAGGCCUUGUUUAACGACGUCCUUGUUCGAUUUAUUGUAAGACGUAGGGUGCCCUUGUCAGGACAAUUUGACUUUUCACCGCUAAGAGCUUCCAGACAAC